AGGAGGAUAGUGAGGGCAAUCUUGAGGCAAAUGCUACUAAAAAGAAAGCUUACAAAAAGAGGCAAACAGAGGAGGAUGGUAAUGAUCCAGAAUUCAAGGGUGGAUGGAAACAAUGGGAUUUAUCCUAUUGCUUUUGUUGUGGUUGAGUCAGAAACAACUAGCACUUGGACUUGGUUUUUAGAACAACUUGCACAAGAUCUGGAUUUGCCAUCUAAUGCUAACUUCACUUUUAUAAGUGACAGACAAAAGGGAAUAUUACCUGCAGUUAGUAAAGUGUUUCCUAGGGCAAAGCAUACAUAUUGUAUAAGGCAUAUACAUGAAAAUAUGAAGGCCAAUGCUAAAUGGAGGGGUGAUAAGAUAAAGGGACUAUUCUGGAAUACUGCAUCUACAACAACAACACCCUGGUUUGAUCAUGUAAUGCUAGACAUCAAGAUGGAAGAUAAGAAGCUUCAUGAUUGGUUGAAACGGAUCACAGUUAAACAUUGGACUAGGUACCCGUUUAUUGGUUGGGCAAAAUGUGAUAUUUUACUAAACAACAUUUGUAAAGUCUUCAAUAGGUAGCUAAUAAAUGCAAGGGAUAAACUAAUCAUUACCAGCCUAGAAUACAUCAGCGAAUACCUAAUGACAAGGAAUGUUGUGGUGCACAAACUGAUUGCAAAGAGUAAAGGGCCUCUUACCCCUUAUGCAACAGAAACCCAAGACAAGAUCAUAUAAGAAGCCGCUGAAUACACUGUUAUUUUUAGUUGUAUCAACAAGUACCAGGUUAAUGGCCCAAGAGACUCCAAAACAGUCAACUUGCAACUGAAAACUUGCUUUUGCAGAAAGUGGGACAUGACUGGCAUCCCUUGCAAGCACGCAGUUGCUUGUACUUGGAGCUUGGCCCUACAUGACAAAGAUGAUGGUGUUUUGGAAAAGUGGGUUGAUAGUUCAUACUAGUUGCAGACCUAGAAGGAUGUGUAUUCCCAUGUAAUUGAUCUAGUCGAUGGUCAAGACUUAUGGACACCUUCCACAUGCCCUACAAAGUUGCUUCCACUGAAGUAGCACAAGCAAGUAGGCACACCAAGAAAGAAAAGGAAGAGAUCUGCUGUGGAAAUCAGUGAGUUAAAUCAACAGAUGGAAUCCAGUGGUAAGAUGUCAAAGAAAUGUGAAACAUUGGAAUGCACCAAGUGUAUGAAGAGGGGUCAUAAUAGGAGGAGUGGCAAGGAGGCUGAUAUUGAAUAGUUUAGUGGUAACAUGUCUUGGUUAUGUUAUUUGAACAUGUAUUUUGAAUGUUUUGGUACAUGCCUUCAUUAUGUAUCAUGUCUAAGAACAUGUGUGAUAUUUCUCUUGUAAACUGCUAUAUUUAGUUGUCUUUUGGUUUGUGGUAAUGGUAAUGAAUUAUGUUUAACUGU